CCAGCUUCAGCUUCGCCUGGGGCGGGGUUUGCCGGGAGAGGGGGCGCUGGAUCCGGAAAGACCUCGCAUAAGCGGUCAUCUAGCUCCCAAGUGCCCCGGCGCUGUUGAUCCUGCGGCACCUGCUGUCCGGGCUUUGCAGCGACUUCUCCGCGGUUGUCCAGCGCCGUCCUGUGGCUCCUCCUGCAGCCUGUGCCGCGGCCUGGCACCCGGAGUGGGCUCCGGCCAUGCCCGCCUCCGCCCCCAUCAUCAGCUCGGUCCAGAAGCUGGUUCUUUAUGAGACCCGAGCUAGGUACUUUCUGGUGGGGAGCAAUCAUGCAGAAACAAAGUACCGUGUUUGGAAGAUUGACCGAACAGAACCAAGAGAUCUGGUUAUAAUCGAUGACAGGCAUGUAUAUACCCAGCAAGAGGUGAGAGAACUUCUGGGCCGCUUGGACCUAGGUAACAGGACAAAGAUGGGACAGAAGGGGUCCUCUGGCUUAUUUCGAGCUGUUUCAGCUUUUGGUGUUGUAGGUUUUGUCAGGUUUUUAGAAGGCUAUUAUAUUGUGUUAAUAACCAAAAGGAGGAAAAUGGCAGACAUUGGAGGUCAUGCAAUAUAUAAGGUAGAAGAUACAAAUAUGAUCUAUAUACCCAACGAUUCCGUGCGGAUUACUCAUCCUGACGAAGCCAGAUACCUACGAAUAUUUCAAAAUGUGGACCUAUCUAGUAAUUUCUAUUUUAGUUACAGCUAUGAUUUGUCCCACUCACUUCAGUAUAACCUCACUGUCUUGCGAAUGCCCCUGGAGAUGUUAAAAUCAGAAACAGCCCAGACUUGCCAGGAGAGUUUUGACAUCUUUGAAGAUGAAGGGCUAAUUACACAGGGUGGAAGCGGUGUAUUUGGCAUCUGUAGUGAGCCUUAUAUGAAGUAUGUUUGGAAUGGUGAACUUCUGGAUAAAAUUAAGAAUACUGUGCAUCGUGACUGGCUUCUGUAUAUCAUUCAUGGGUUCUGUGGGCAGUCAAAGCUGCUGAUCUAUGGUCGACCAGUAUAUGUCACCCUCAUAGCCAGAAGAUCCAGUAAGUUUGCUGGGACCCGUUUUCUCAAGAGAGGUGCAAACUGUGAGGGCGACGUUGCAAAUGAAGUGGAGACUGAGCAGAUACUCUGUGAUGCUUCUGUAAUGUCUUUUACUGCAGGAAGUUACUCCUCUUACGUGCAAGUUAGAGGAUCGGUGCCACUGUACUGGUCUCAGGACAUUUCAACUAUGAUGCCUAAACCGCCCAUUACGUUGGACCAGGCAGACCCAUUCGCGUGUGUGGCUGCUCUUCACUUUGACCAGAUGCUUCAGAGGUUUGGCUCCCCCAUCAUCAUCUUGAAUUUAGUGAAGGAACGAGAGAAAAGGAAGCACGAGAGAAUUCUGAGUGAAGAACUUGUAGCAGCUGUGACAUACCUCAACCAGUUUUUGCCUCCGGAACACACUAUUGUUUAUAUUCCCUGGGAUAUGGCCAAGUACACUAAAAGCAAGCUGUGCAAUGUUCUUGAUCGACUGAAUGUGAUCGCAGAAAGUGUGGUGAAGAAAACAGGCUUCUUUGUAAACCGCCCUGAUUCUUACUGUAGCCUUCUACGGCCGGAUGAAAAGUGGAACGAACUAGGAGGCAGUGUGAUUCCCAGCGGCCGCCUGCAGACUGGAGUUCUUCGAACCAACUGUGUAGACUGUUUGGAUCGCACCAACACAGCACAGUUUAUGGUGGGGAAAUGUGCGCUGGCUUAUCAGCUGUAUUCCUUGGGACUGAUGGACAAGCCCAAUCUACAGUUUGAUACGGAUGCUGUCAGGUUGUUUGAGGAACUCUAUGAAGAUCAUGGGGAUACAUUAUCCCUUCAGUAUGGUGGCUCUCAACUAGUUCACCGUGUGAAAACCUACAGGAAGAUAGCGCCAUGGACCCAGCACUCGAAAGACAUCAUGCAAACCCUGUCUAGAUAUUACAGCAAUGCCUUUUCAGAUGCUGACAGACAAGAUUCUAUUAACCUCUUCUUAGGAGUUUUCCAUCCCACUGAAGGGAAACCUCAUCUCUGGGAACUCCCAACAGAUUUUUAUUUGCAUCAUAAAAAUACCAUGAAACUUUUACCAACAAGAAGAAGUUAUACUCAUUGGUGGACACCAGAGGUAAUUAAACAUUUACCGCUGCCUUAUGAUGAAGUUUUCUGUGCAGCGAACUUAAAGAAGCUGACGGUGAAGAAAUUCCACAAGCGUGAAGACGAGAUAGACAUCCACAAUGAGUUCUUUCGACCGUAUGAAUUAAGCAGUUUUGAUGACGCCUUCUGUUUGGCUAUGACAAGUUCAGCACGUGACUUUAUGCCUAAGACUGUUGGCAUUGACCCAAGUCCAUUUACUGUGCGUAAACCAGAUGAAACUGGAAAAUCAGUACUGGGUAACAAAAGCAACAGAGAAGAAGCAGUGUUACAGCGGAAAACAGCGGCCAGCGCCCCGCCUCCCCCCAGUGAGGAGGCUGUGUCCAGCAGCUCUGAGGAUGAUUCUGGAACCGACCGGGAAGAGGAGGGCUCUGUGUCCCAGCGCUCAACUCCAGUGAAGAUGACCGACACAGGGGACAGUGCCAAAGUGACCGAGAACAUGGUUCAGCCCAUGAAAGAGGUAUAUGGAAUUAACCUCUCAGACGGCCUUACCGAAGAUGAUCUCACCAUUUAUUCCAGGUUUGUUCAGCUGGGGCAGAGUCAACAUAAACAAGAUAAAAGCAGUCAGCAGCUCUGUUCCAGAUGCCCAGAUGGAGUUAUAAAAUUAACUCCCAUCUCUGCUUUCUCCCAAGACAACAUCUAUGAAGUCCAGCCUCCAAGAGUAGACAGAAAGUCUACGGCGAUCUUCCACGCCCACAUCCAAGCCAGUCAAGGGAUCAUGCAAGCCCUUGGCAAAGAAGACUCGUCCAUGUACCGAGAAUACAUCAGAAACCGCUACCUGUGAAGAGAGUUGGCCGUGUGCUGAGGAGGCACCGUGAACGCCCUGUUUCCUUACCUUGUAAUGUCGUAGCCCAUCAUAACAUCAGCUGUCCCAGGUCUUUAUGCCCAAAGAUCUUUCCUCUUUCUGUAACUGCUGAAUUAUGCAUGAGAGAUCGUGUCACAGUAUUUGGCUGGCUUGGCCAUUGCUUUGUUUUUAGAAAUAUUUUGUUCCUUGCUUCUUUUUAUUUAAGUUUUAUUGGGUGAUGCUGACGAGUCACAGUACCUCUGUUUACACGUGUGUGGUUUCUCCAUUCUGCCAACAGGUGUCUGCUACACACGUUUAUCCCAAAGAACUCAAUGCCUUAAACUCAUUCAUUAAUUCAA